AUGCCGCCCAAGACGCCCUCACUCUCGGUGCACAUCUCCUACCGACUCGACGGCAGCAAGGUCGCCUACAUGCGCAGCCGCGAGCACGACGUCUGCGAGUACUACCCUGAAUUUCUCGAACGCGACCUUCUGUACCUCCAGCUCCCCUCAAAGUGGAUGUACGACACGACGCUGCAGAGCCUGCCCGAGGGGAAGAUCCAGUGCAGGUGGUUCGCGGGCAUCGUGGACGACGACUUAGAGUCUGGACUGCUCGAACAGAUCGCCGGGCAGGUCGAGUUUCUCAACAACCCGGGUGCAGCUCAGCUGCUCAAACUCCUAGAGAUUUCAAAGAUCGAGCUCGCUCAGCCGACCCCAGCUACGCAAAGCCCAGCCGUCCAAUGGUCCGAGAUACCGCACCGAUCGCCUUCCGUCGCUCAAGCCAGGCCUUCAGCAGCUCCCGAACCGACCACAGGGGAGAAGCAAGGAGUGCAUGGUACCAAUUACUCGGGCGGCCAACACCAGAUCAGCCAGAGUGUGCGCCUAGAGAUUUCCAAGAUCGAGCUCGCGCGGCCGACCCCAGCCACGCAAAGCCCCGUCGUCCAACCAUCCGACUUACCACAUCAGCCACGUUCCGAGCCUCAGACCAGCGCGCCAGUAGCUGCAGAAACCGCCGCCCGAGCGGAACAGGAGACGCAUGCCGGGGACGACGGCCAGCGCGCGCCCGCAGCGCCUACCGACCCGAAGGUCGCCGAGCUCGAGGACCUCCUCGCACAACACAAGGCCUGCUACGCCAAGCACAGCACGGAGAACGCCGGUGAGUGGGAGGGAGCGCGUCUGCAUUCCGAGCACGAUACUCACCCGGACUCGUAUUAUCCGCGCCCUCCGAUACCCGCGAACGUUGCCGUCGACGCAGAACUGAACGAUGCGUGUCGGCGUCUGGAGGAGGAGGAACGGCGGGCACGCGAGGAGAGGGCGCGUAAACGCUUGCGUGGCGGUGCAAGCGGGGCCCGUGGUGGAGGUCGUGGAAGCGGAAGGGAUGUGCGGCAGAGGGUGCUGUGA